AUGCCUCGUUUUGCUGAAGUUGUAGCCGUACAAACUGGCGAACGUGAAGAUAUAGUUUGCUUCAAUGGAACUUUGGAUUGGAAACAGGAUUUGAAUAGAGCUGAAUCACCAUGCUUUGGAGUGAAGUUGGUGAUGGAUUGGGAUAAAGCAAAUAAUUAUUGCAAGGAGGGCUGUGGACAAUUACCAACAUCGAGUGGCGAUGAGAUUAAUUUACUGCAAAUUAUAUUUUCAGAGAUUGAAUAUGAAGCAGCUAUGAAAAAAGAUAAUUAUACAUCGGUGGUAUGCGAACAUCGAAAUUCAGCAUUGUCAGUUAUUGCAAACCAAAGAUGUGAUGAUGGAUUUGUGUUGCUUGCGAUUAAUAAUGCUUCAAAAUGUUACUUAUUCCAUAAGUUCGCCGAUCCAUUAAUGAGUGGUAGUGAUUUUAAAACGGUUUCAAGCUACUGCAAAUCUCAAAAUGCUGAAUUAUUUAAGCCAAUCGACUCAGGCGAUCUUUAUGUCAUGCGAAUAUGGAUACAUCGGUCAGAAAGUCAAAAUGCUAAGGAGGAACCUAUGACAGUUGCUGGUUAUAAAUAUGCAAUCGUUGGGAUCAACAUCACUACUUCGAAUUCUGCAGAAGCAGUUUGUUUUAUGCUGGAAUUGCCCGGCGGCUGUUAG